UUUUCAAAAACUAUCUGCAAAUCGUACUUCCAUAAUACUACAGCACACAGACACAAUCAUUUUGAUGCCGAAAAUCGCGGGUAUACAUAUAUAUAUCGCAUUAAUCACGAUUCACAUAUGACAUAUCCAACGCCACCUUAAUUCACACAUUCACUAUAUACAUACACACACUCAUACACAUUAUAUUCCCACACACACACACUAAACAGAGCAGAAAAAAAGAAAGAAAAAAAAAAUGGGGGAGGAAGUAAGCAACAAGCAGAUAAUACUGAAAGAAUACGUAAAAGGGUUUCCGAAAGAAUCGGACAUGAUUCUGAAAACCUCAACCAUCAAACUCAAGAUCCCGGAAGAUGAUUGCAACGACGCCGUUUUGGUGAAGAAUCUUUACCUUUCCUGCGACCCUUACAUGCGUAGCCGUAUGAGCAAUAUCGUCGGCAGCUAUGUUGACUCGUUCACCCCUGGAUCGGCUAUAACAGGAUAUGGAGUGGGGAGGGUUGUCGAUUCUUCAAACCCUAAUUUCAAAAUUGGUGAUUUGAUUUGGGGCAUAACUGGAUGGGAAGAAUAUUCCCUAAUUAAAUCCACACAGCGUCUUUUCAAGAUUCACCAUACAGAUGGUGUACCUCUCUCUUACUACACUGGACUUCUUGGUAUGGCUGGCACUACUGCUUACUGCGGGUUUUACGAGGUUUGCUCUCCGAAAAAAGGAGAAACCGUGUUUAUAUCUGCUGCGUCCGGAGCCGUUGGUCAACUCGUUGGUCAAUUUGCAAAGCUCUUGGGUUGCUAUGUUGUUGGAAGUGCAGGAACCAAAGAAAAGGUGGAUCUUUUGAAGAACAAGUUCGGGUUCGAUGACGCGUUUAACUACAAGGAAGAACCCGAUUUGAAUGCAGCUUUGAAAAGGUACUUUCCGGAUGGGAUCGACGUAUACUUUGAAAAUGUGGGAGGGAAAAUGCUCGAGGCGGUGCUCCUCAACAUGAGGGUGCACGGUAGGAUCGCGGUGUGCGGUAUGAUCUCGCAGUACAAUCUCGAACAGCCGGAAGGUGUGAGUAACUUGUUUUGCCUAAUCACGAAACGUAUCCGUAUGGAAGGGUUUCUCGUUUUCGAUUAUUACCAUCUUUAUCCAAAGUAUUUGGAGAUGGUUUUGCCACUAAUCAAACAAGGCAAGAUUAGUUAUGUCGAGGACGUAGCUGAAGGCCUCGAGAGUGCGCCGGCGGCUCUGGUCGGGCUCUUCUCCGGCCGGAAUGUCGGGAAGCAGUUGGUGGUGGUUGCUCGUGACUAGGUUUACAUGUUGUUUGUGUUUGUUAUGAAUAUGUAGUUGAAUUUUAUGUAAUAAAAAGACAGGUUAAUUUGUUGGUGUUACCUAA